GCCCUGCCCCAGAACCCUCCAAAAUGGAGCCUCUGGCCGCUCACCCUGCGAGGUGCUCGGGGCCCAAGGCCAAGGUGUUCGCGGUCCUGCUGUCCGUGGCGCUCUGCUCAGCGAUGCUCCUGCUGCUGCAGCUGAAGCUCCUAAAGCCCAAAAUCAACAGCUUUUACACCUUCGAAGUGAAAGAUGCCACGGGAAGACCCGUCUCUCUGGAAAAGUUUAAAGGCAAAGUCACGCUCGUCGCCAACGUGGCCAGCGACUGCCAGCUCACCGGCAGGAACUACUGGGCGCUGCAGGAGCUGCACCGGGAGUUCGGGCCCUUCCACUUCAGCGUCCUGGCCUUUCCCUGCAACCAGUUCGGGGAGGCAGAGCCCCGGCCCAGCAAGGAAGUGGUGUCUUUUGUGAGAAACACCUACGGAGUCACCUUCCCCAUCUUCCACAAGAUUAAGAUUCUGGGGCCGGAAGCAGAGCCUGCCUUCAGAUUUCUCGUUGAUUCUUCAAAGAAGGAACCAAGGUGGAACUUCUGGAAAUACCUGGUCAACCCUGAGGGCCGUGUUGUGAAGUCCUGGAGGCCGGAGGAGCCCAUUGAAGCCAUCAGGCCUGAGAUAGCCGAUCUGAUUAGACAAAUGAUCAUUAAAAAAAGGGAGGACCUCUGAAAGCGCCGUUGCCGUGCCAGUGUGACAGCCAGGACACAGGGGUGUCUCCCCGAGGACGCCCCCUCUUUCCAGGUGCUCUGACAACCGCGUGCGGCACCGAGGGAUGAUUCUCUCUCAUUGUGCCAGUGAGUGGCCAGGAACAUCUCCCCAACAGAGAUGUCACCCAAAGCAAAAAUAAAAGUGCCCAAAGACUCAAAACAAAACGCACGCAAGACUUCAUUUGACCGCAGGGAGUGACUCGGAAUACACAGUCCCCACUGUGCGCCCGGAGCCUGGCGUUCAGCUUGGCCUCUCCUAGGCACGUCCCGGCCGGGAGCGCCAGCACCCUGGGCCGCUGAGUGCCAGACACGGCGUGUGACUGCCGCUUCUGCAGUAACGAGCUGUA